AUGACAAACCAACUUCUAGGAUUUGUUUUCUUGAUUUUUGCACAAAUUAUCAACAAUGUUGAUUCGAGAGGUUUGGAGUUUUCCCAUAGAUUACAAAUGAAAUGAUACAUUUUUUAGGGAGUACAAAUGUGCUUUUGCAUUUUGGAGGAAGUCGUCAUUCAAGUUCACACCCACUGAAAGCAGAAAGUGUUCCAGUUUGGUGUGCACCAAAUAAUCAAGCGGUAAGGUUUUUUGGUCUUUCAGGGUUUCUCAAUUGAGCCAGGGAAACCAAAUUGUUACUAGAAACCAGCAAUUAUAAACACAAUUAAUCUCAGAAAGUUCUAGGUUUUUUUUCGAAUAAUCGGACCUGGCCCAAUUCUAGUUGAAAAUAUGGAUGUGGUCCAAUUCAGAAAUCCAAAAAAAAGUCCAAUUCAAAAACUCCCAUUGUUCGCCAAAAAAUAAAGCAAACUUUUCUUUAAAUUUGUCAAAAUAUACUCGAGGGAUCAAUUUUCUUGUUUGACAAUUUUUGCAGCAAAUUUUCUUUUUUUCUAGAUUCUCAUCAAAACUGCUAUCAUAAAGUCAGCCAGAAAUGUAUCCAAAACCUUCCAACCAAAAAUCAGCGAAAAUAAAAAGAAUGCCACAUACACUUUUGAACAUCUAACCCCUGAAGGUAAUUUAAUCUUUUUUGGUUUCAACAAUAAUCAAAUUGUUUUAGAUGCUGGCGAAUAUAUUUGUGAAUUGACUCUUGAGAAAAAUGAACCAAUGCAAAGACAUUCAAUUCAUAUUCAGAGUAUGUUUUUUUUUUAAAGAAAAGAUGAAACAAAAAUAGUAGGAAAUCAGAGACAACUGACAUUUGUUUUUUAUUGUUGUUUUUGUGGAUCAAAAAAAUAAGAUGAGAUGAGAUAUUCAAAAACAAAAUAGUAGUAGUGGAAUAUGUAUAUUUUUCGAAAAAUAAGAGAAUUUUCAGCAAGACCGAUUGCAAAUUCAUCUUUGGAUCAUUUCACAAUUGAAAACGGAGAUAGUGCUAACUUAAAAGCUGAAGUUCUAGUUGAGGUGAGCAAUUAAUUGAAAUUUUUCUAUGAAAUUAUUCCCACGUGACUUAUUUUUGAAAAUAAAAAUAAGUUUAAAAUUAUUAAAAAUAUUUGUAGUUUUCCUAACAAAUAAAUUUUUGGAACCACUCAAAAAUUGAUGAAACAUAGACAGGAAAAUGGGUCUGAAAAUCACGAUUCUGAAAUGCAUUUUUUUUUCAGACCCAUCUAUUAUCAGAGCGAAUGAAAUACGUGAGAAAUAAAAAAAAUGAGAGGUCAUGUUUUUUUUUUCGAAAUGAGAAAGGUCUUGGAAUGUAACCCAGCUUCUAUUUUUUGAAGUGAUUAAAAACUUUCCAAAAUGUGUUAACAUUUAUAUCGAAAUCAUUAAGUUUUUUUUUUCAGCUUGAACAAAAUGUUACGUUGAGAUGUGAUACAAUUGCUUAUCCUGCAGCAAAUGUUGUUUGGACUCUUAGCAAUGAAACUGCAGUCAGUACGUGUUUUUUGAAAACAACUUUUAAAAAAGUGCCGAUCAAACUUUUUUCUAGAACUAGAUAAGAGACAUCAAACAGUUGGAAGCUCAUUUGACAUCAUAAAUAUAACAAAGGAAGAUGAUGGAUUAACAUAUGUGUGUAAAGUUACAAACACAUUUAAAACUCCUGCCAACACUGUACAUUCAACUCAAUUAUAUAUUACUAGAACAUUGAAAAUUAGAAGUAUGUUUUAUUGAAUGACUUGAAAAUUCGGAAAUAAUCAGUCCUGAAAAAAUAUGUUCAUCUCUAGAUUUUUUUCUAUUAGAAGUUUCGAAAAAAAAGUUCCUCGAUUUUUAUCGGACUCUGGAAAAAACAACUGGGAAUAUGUCGGAACUUCUAACAUUGUUCAAAAUUUUCUAUAGAUUAAUAUAUUUCAAAAUUCCUGAUUAUUUCUUAGUUUUCAAGCCAUUUCAAUUUUCCUAAAAAUGUAUUUUUUGCAGAUCCUUACAGUUUCGUUUAUCCACUCGCUGUAAUUAUUUUAAUUCUAACACUUUUGGCAAUUAUUAUAAUAUUCUGUGAAUGGCGAAAAAAGAAGACAACUCAACAACGUCAUAACAAAUAA